UUCCCAGAAAGACUUUCAAUUCAAUUCAAUAUCCGCACGCCACCGUCUCCUCCCCCUCAAGCUGAGAGAGAAAUUUUGCAAAAAGGGGCAGAAGAAGAGGGAUCGGGAUCGGGAUCGGGAUCGGGAUCGAGAUCGAGAUCUGAUAUCUGAUUCUGAUCCAUGGACAUCACCAACGAGGCGGCGGUGGACGCCUUCUCGAUCGGGCCCUCCACCGUCCUCGGCCGCGCCAUCGCCCUCCGCGUCCUCCUUUGCGGCUCCUUCCGCCUCCUUCGCAUGCGCCUCUUCCUCCUCCUACGCGCCGCCCUCCGCCGUCUCCGUGACGGCGCGCUGCUCCCCCUCGCCGCAUCGCUCCAUCCCCGCAACGCCCAGGGCAUCCUCGUCCUCGUCACGCUUGUCGCCUUCGCCCUCCGCCGCUUCACCAACGUCCGGUCCCGCGCCGAGUCAGCCUACCGACGCAAGUUCUGGCGCAACAUGAUGCGCAGCGCGCUCACGUACGAGGAGUGGUCCCACGCCGCCAAGAUGCUCGACAAGGAGUUGACGCCCAAGAUGAGCGAAGGCGACCUCUACGACGAGGAACUUGUCCGGAAUAAGCUGCAGGAGCUGCGCCAGCGCCGCCAGGAUGGAUCCCUGCGGGACAUCGUUUUUUGCAUGCGCACGGACCUGCUCAGGAAUCUCGGCAACAUGUGCAAUCCCGAGCUGCACAAGGGUAGGCUUCAGGUACCAAAACUCAUCAAGGAGUACAUUGAUGAAGUUUCAAUUCAAUUGAAAAUGGUUUGCGAUUCAGACUCAGAUGAGUUGCUUUUGGAAGAGAAACUUGCAUUUCUACAUGAAACAAGGCAUGCUUUUGGUAGGUCAGCCUUGCUCCUAAGUGGUGGUGCUUCACUGGGUUCUUUCCAUGUUGGCGUAGUAAAAACAUUAGUGGAGCAUAAACUGCUGCCUAGAAUCAUAGCAGGAUCCAGUGUAGGUUCCAUAAUGUGUGCUAUUGUAGCAACAAGGUCUUGGCCUGAGCUUGAGAGCUUCUUUGAAGAUUCAUGGCACUCAUUGCAGUUUUUUGACCAGUUAGGUGGGGUUUUCGCAGUGGUUAAGAGGAUCAUGACACGUGGUGCAGUCCAUGAGAUUAGGCAAUUACAAAGGCUUUUGAGGCAUCUCACGAGUAAUUUAACAUUUCAAGAGGCUUAUGAUAUGACUGGCCGUAUACUUGGUAUAACUGUUUGUUCUCCCAGAAAACAUGAACCACCUCGAUGCCUUAAUUACUUGACCUCUCCUCAUGUUGUUAUUUGGAGUGCUGUAACUGCCUCUUGUGCAUUUCCUGGAUUGUUUGAGGCUCAGGAGUUGAUGGCAAAAGAUAGAUUUGGUGAAAUUGUUCCUUAUCAUGCACCAUUUUCAUUAGGCCCCGAGGAUAAUCCUGGAGCUUCAGCACGUCGGUGGAGAGAUGGAAGCUUAGAGAGUGAUUUGCCUAUGAUUCAGUUGAAGGAAUUAUUUAAUGUCAACCACUUUAUUGUUAGCCAAGCCAAUCCUCAUAUAGCCCCAUUGCUGAGAGUAAAGGAAAUUAUCAGAGCUUAUGGUGGAAACUUUGCUGCAAAGCUUGCUCACCUUGUCGAAAUGGAAGUUAAACAUCGAUGCAAUCAAGUUCUUGAACUUGGUUUUCGAUUGGGUGGCAUUGCUAAGUUGUUUGCUCAAGAUUGGGAGGGUGACGUUACAGUGGUUAUGCCUGCCACUCUUGCUCAGUAUUCAAAGCUUAUUCAAAACCCAUCACAUGUGGAGCUUCAAAAGGCUGCUAACCAAGGAAGAAGAUGCACAUGGGAGAAGCUCUCUGCAAUUAAGACCAACUGUGCGAUUGAACUUGCACUAGAUGAAUGUGUUGCUCUCCUUAACCAUAUGCGCAGGCUCAAGAGAAGUGCUGAGAGGGCAGCUGCAUCCCAAGGCCACACAAACUUCAUGCGCUUCAGUGCUUCUCGGAGAAUUCCCUCAUGGAAUUGCAUUGCUAGGGAGAACUCAUCAGGCUCACUUGAAGAAGAUUUAAUUGUGGAUUCUGCUGCUUCAAUCCAACAGGGAAAUCCUUCUGCUGGGCAACUGAACAGAAAUAACCAGUCUCAACGAAGCAUGCACGACGGAAGUGAUAGUGAAUCAGAGACUAUAGACCUAAAUUCUUGGACAAGAAAUGGUGGCCCUUUGAUGAGAACAGCUUCUGCUGCUAAAUUUAUCAGCUUCGUACAGAGUCUUGAGGUAGAAUCAGAAUUCAAUAGAUCAUGGGAAGAAGAAGAUGAUGUUUCAACGGCACAUCCCACUCUAUUGGGGGCGCAUGUAGUUGGUAGGGAUCCUCACUAUAACAACUCGAGGAUAGCUACUGAUAGAAGUUCAGAAAAUAUAGAUUCAGUUCCCGGUGCUGCUCCUACAAGCAUUACAGUUUCCACUGGAGACCUUUUGCAACCUGAAAGGAUACAAAAUGGGAUUGUGUUUAAUAUCGUAAAGGUGGGGGCCUUGCUAAAUAGGAGCAGUGAAUCUGAACCACAGCAAGAUCACCCUAGAGUAGCCGACGAAGAGAAUGUAUGCAUGGAAAUUUGUGAUAUCAGUACAGCAUCUGACUCUGGUGAGGAUGAGAAGUCAGAUUACCAGUCACCUUCUCAAGGUGAUGCUCACAGUUAAGGUCAGCGGUAAACUGAUGAUAGCAAUGACCAUGCCUAACCAGAGGACUCUGAGAUCCAUCUUAUUUUCUCAUGGUAUUUCCAGUUCCUUAUUUCUGAAACCUCUCAAACUAUUUUUCUGCUCAGAUAUUCCCUUGGCGUUUAAGGGAACAAACAUUAGUCGAUGUGCUACACAAGGUCCAAGAGUGGAGCACCAGGAUUCAACUUUGUUCUUUGAUAGUAUAAAGAUGGAGAAUACAAAUGUUCUACCACAGAGAGAUAUAAUUAGUUGAAAUCUAAGACAAUUGGACAAAAUGGACGAUACAAAUGUUCUUUCAUGCAACGAUAGUAUUAUUUCCGUUGCAUAAAAUUUCAUCAUCCUCGUAUGUUUAUUCUUACUGAUUAGGAAGCUUUACGAAAGAUAAUAUGAAAGUUAAUACAAUUUCAUCAGAACCUUUCCCGUUUUAUUCCAGAAAAAGCAGAGCAUCAACUGCAAGCAUAACUAGAGUCCGAGUAUUCAGCAUGAUUAUCCUGAUUAUUACCUCUGUGAUUCGAUAGCUUAAGGUAAUCUGCUCAGCUUCUCAUCAUGGUUCCUUGAUUUGAGUGCAUCCAAAUGUGCAUAAAAAUGCAAAUGUAACUGUAAAAGUGAAAGUGAAAUAAAUGGUGGCAUUAAGGUGCGGGUAACAUUUAACUUUGUAUGAAACAUUUUAAAAGUUGAAGCAUUUGGCUUUAUUA